CGAAUUGAUCAAUACCUUGUGAAUGGAACUUAGUAAGCAAACUGAGACGUCUGAAUAAUGGAAAGAGUUUUAAAAAAAAGGUUGGAGUAAUCUCCCCUUAAAAGUGUACCGGAAGUGUAUUACACCGUGUGUUGUCCUGUGGAAAACACGUGUUGCAAAAUGGACCCCACGGAAGAAAAGUCACCAAAGAAAGGUUCUAACGAAAUAGAUUAUGAAAAAUUGCCUACUGUGGAUUCUAGUAAUGUACAAAUUUUUGAAAUUCAACCAAACACAUCUGUACAAAAUUCCAGGAAUAGAGUGUCUGGGAGGAAAAAAGAUCCAUAUGAAGGACGUGUUCCUGUUGAUAAGAAAGAGUUGAAAAAAUAUAAACGAGGAAAUGCUACAAAAGAUGUGAAAAAUUUCAAAACCAAAUAUCACAGGGAUUGCUAUAUAAGUAAAAAACGGAAGAAUCAAUUUGCUAUUGAACAGUCUGCUCGGAGUGAACUCUUGUUACAAGAUACAGUUGGAUCAAGUGAUAUACGACUAAUAGACCAAGACUCUAUUGCAGCAUCAGUUGAUAUUACAAGUGCCACUAAGUACUUUGGCUUAGAUUUGAACUUUGGGCCAUACAAAAUUGAUUAUACAAGGAAUGGAAGACACCUGCUUCUUGGAGGGAAAAAAGGACAUGUAGCUGCCCUCGAGUGGCAAACUAAAAAACUCUGCAAUGAAAUGAAUGUAAUGGAAUCAAUCACUGAUGUUAAAUGGCUUCACCAGGAAACUAUGUUUGCAGUUAGUCAGAAGCAAUGGACCUAUAUUUAUGACAAUCGUGGCAUUGAAAUACAUUGUUUGAAAACUUUGGAUCAAACUUUACAAAUGGAAUACCUUCCUUACCACUUUCUGCUUGUGGCAGCAAAUGCAAGAGGAUAUUUGUCCUACCUGGACACCUCCAUUGGUAGUAAAGUUUCAGCUAUCAGAACCAAUAUGGGCCGUUUAAAUGUUAUGUGUCAGAAUCCAUCUAAUGCUAUUAUACACCUCGGACAUUCAAAUGGAACUGUAACACUGUGGUCACCAAAUGCAAAAGAUUAUUUAGUCAAAAUGUUGUGCCAUAAAUCUAAUAUACGGUCAAUAGCUGUGGACCAACGGGGUUUAUACCUAGCUACAUCUGGAGAUGACAGUCAUAUGAAAAUAUGGGAUCUUCGUACCUACCAAAUGCUACAGUCUUACCGAAUAGAUAGUGGUGCCAAUUGUUUGUCUUUCAGUCAACGCGAUAUGCUUGCAGCUGGCAUUGGCAAUGUCGUACAGAUAUUUGAUAACUGCUGUUCUCGAACAGUAAACACUCCAUACUUAUUUCAUAAACUGUCUGGAAGAGUGCACAGUACAAAAUUCUGUCCUUAUGAAGAUGUACUUGGUGUUGGCUAUGAAAAAGGAUUUCAGAGUCUGCUUAUUCCUGGUUCUGGUGAGCCAUGUUUUGAUGCUCUUGAAGCAAAUCCAUAUCAAUCCAAAGAACAACGUCGAGAAACAGAAGUGAAAAUGUUACUUGAUAAGAUUCAACCUGAUAUGAUAAGUCUGGAUAAUCGAAGGAUACUUAAACCAAAUUAUGGAAGCAUUUCUGGCAUCAUGGAAGAAAAGAAUAAACAAGCCCUUAGAGCUCCAGGAAAACUUGUUAAAUUAAAGCAAAACGCGAAACAUAGCAAGAAAACUGACAAAGUGAUUAGAAGGACGAGAGCCAUCAAAGAAGAAGGUAAAAGGAAAACACGCAAAGAGGAAAUGAUGGAGCAAAAGGAAAAAGAAUGGAGAGAGAAAUAUUCUAAAGAAUAAAAAUGUGGAAUUGUC